AUGUCCCGCUUCAGCCUGUCGGAGAACACGCCAGUCGGAAGUCCCAUUUACCAGCUGAAAGGCACCGACCCGGAGGGAGGCCGCCUCAAGUACAGCAUAAGUGGGCCAGUCUUUUCGGUGGACCGGGAGACGGGCGUGGUGCGGCUGCGGCAGGAACUGGAUCGGGAGACCCAAGAUACUGUCGAGGUGAUCAUCAGCAUCACUGAUGAGGGCGUCUAUGGCACAGAGCCCAACACUGUGUCUCAACGUCGCGAGAUACCCGUGCGGGACUACAACGACAAUCAGCCCACGUUCAUCGGAAGACCCUACACUGCCAGCGUCAGCGAAUCCUUGCCAGUAGGAGAUGAGCUAAGCGUGAAGCCCGCAAUCAUAGUGGUGGAUCGCGAUGAGGGAAUCAACGCUGAGGUGCAGCUUAAUUGUGUCGAGGAUAACGACAUCUGCGACAUCUUUGCAGUGCGUGCAGUGAAACUCUCCGACGGGAACUACACCGCUCGAGUGGCUUUGAAGCAGCCGCUGGACUUUGAGAGUCGUCCAUCGUACAUUAUGACCAUCUCGGCCUCGGACAGCGCGCACGAGAACCGCCUCUCCUCUUUGGCCACCAUUUCCAUUAAUGUGAUCGACAUUCAGGAUCAGCCGCCUGUCUUCACCAAUGCCCCCUACUCCGCCACGGUCCCGGAGAACACACCAGCCGGAGUCAGCAUUCUGACCGUCAAGGCCAUAGAUGGGGACGUGGGCAUACCCAGGGAAAUAUUCCUUUCGCUGGAGGAUGAGUCAUUCGGUCACUUUGAGUUAGUGCCCUUCGGGGAUCCCAGGGAAGGUACCGCCGUUCUGCAGACCACUUCGGAGCCACUGGAUCGCGAGAAUGCGGAGAUUCUGCAGAACGGAGGGGUCUACGUGUUCUCCAUUCGUGCUACGGAACUGAUUGACGGAGCCAUUCCCGCCGAGCACUCGAUAACGAGAGUCACUAUCGUGGUAACGGAUGUCGACGAUCACCAGCCCACGUUUAGCGCCACCCACUUUAACGUCUCGAUUGCCGAGAAUCUUGCCAACGGUAUGCCACUGCCCGGUCUCUCGAUAUUCGUCGAUGACCGGGACAUGGGGGAGAACAGUCGUUACCAGCUGGCCCUGCGGAACGUCGCCAAUUCAGACGCCGUGUUUGCCAUCUCACCCACCGAGGCUCAGGGUCGAGUCCCAGUCGUGGUCAAAGUCUUAGAUGCUAGUCGCUUAGAUUACGAUGUCCCCGAUCCGUCGUACCGCAAAUUCGAAUUCGAUUUAGUGGCCCUGGUGAAGGGCGUGCAGAAGGCAAAGGCUCGUGUGGAGAUUCACCUGCUGGAUGCCAACGAUAACGCCCCAGUAUUCGAUCAGCCCACAUAUCGUUUCACCGCUGCCGAGAACCUGGCCACAGAUUACCUCAUUGGUCAUGUAAAGGCCACUGAUUCAGAUUCCGGGGAGUUCGGACACGUUCGGUAUGUGCUCAAGGGCUUUGGGGCCGACAACUUCAACGUGGACCCUGAGACGGGCGGCCUCUACCUACAACGUCAGCUGGACUACGAGAAACAGAGCAGCUACAGUCUGACCGUUGUGGCCAUCGACGGCGGUGGUCGAGAGUCGAAUGCCAAUCUCUUCGUCGGCGUUGUCGAUGUCAACGACAACCAUCCAAAUUUCGAACACAAGGAGUACAGUCGCACUAUCCGCGAAGGAGCGGCCAUCUUUGAGCCUCAGUUCUUCGUCCGUGCCCAUGAUUCGGAUGGUCCCACCCAGGGCAAUGGACGGGUGACUUAUGGCAUAGUCUCGGAGAAUAGCAUAGCGGGGAAUGUCUUCCGCAUCGAACCGGAUACCGGAGAGAUAGUCAUCCAAAAGGCCGCCCGAUCCAUGGACACAGAGCGUGGAGAGUACGAGCUGACGGUUUCUGCAACAGAUUUUGGUGUUCCGCCUUUGUCAAACACCACUCGUGUCUUGGUUCGAGUGGGCAUCUCUGGCAAUCAGCGUCCCAUUUUCAGGGGACACUUCCAAAAUAUGGAGAAUCUGCCCAUCAUAGGGCCGCCCAGCUAUCGGGUUUCCAUUCCGGAGAAUGCCGCACCAGGCUAUAAUGUGACUUCUGUCUCUGCUCACGAUCCCGAUGGCUUGGACAGCCUGCUGCGAUAUAGGAUAGUGGGAGCCAAUGAUAACUUCGAGAUUGAUGAAGAAUCCGGUGUAAUCACAGUCUCAACGCAGGCCCACAUCGAUCGCGAUUCGAAUAUGAAUAGCUUUGAGAUCAUCGUGAAUGCCGUGGACUCGGGUACACCCAUCCCCGAAACUGCCACCAGCACCGUAUAUGUGAAUGUAAAGGACAUAAACGACGAAAGGCCGAAGUUCGAGCAGGCCAGCUACGCCGCUUACGUAUCCGAGAGAACGGCCAUUGGGGAGAGCGUUCUGCGGGUGAAGGCCAUUGACAAAGACCUCAAUUCACGCCUGGAGUACAGUCUGCUGGGUCCGGUGAAGGCCACCACCAAGGCUGGUGUCAGCAUCACCAACCGCAGCAGCUACCGGGUGCAGGAGGCCUUCCGAAUCGACAGCCAGAGUGGGGAGAUCUUUGUGAACAGCUCGCUGCGCCACGAUGUGGCAGCCAUUAUCAUCUUUACCGUGCAAGUGCGAGAUCUGAAUGCAGAGGUGGACCCCGAGGGACAGGUGGACAGCACCGAGGUGACUGUCUAUGUGCAGUCCUUCCAGGACACCAACCCAGUAUUCAAGAACCCCAGUUGGAGCAGUUCCCGACCCGUGAUAGACAUCAAGAUCAAGGAAGAGAUGCCCAUCGCCAGUGCCCUGUUCAUUCUGCAGGCCGAGGAUCCCGUGACCCGGCAACCCAUAACAAGCUUUGAACUGAUCGAACCCAAACAGGUGGACUACUUCCAGAUAUCAGAGCGCACCGGCGAGGUCAUCCUGAAAAAGCGCCUUGACUACGAGGUUUUGGCGGAGACGGGCAACGGUCCGGAGUUCGAGCUCCAGGUGCGGGCCAGCAGUGCGGAUCGCCAACGCAGUACCAUCAGUCGCCUUAACAUCACCGUGGAGAAUGUGAACGACAACAGUCCGCGUUUCGAGCAGAGCUCCUACCGUGCCACAAUCAUCGAGAACCGGAUGCACCCGGAGAGGGUGGUGCAUGUGAGGGCGGUGGACAAGGAUGCCGUACUGAAUGCAAGGGAUGAGCGUCUGGGCUAUCACAAGAUCAUCUACUCGCUGCAGGGCGAGCACGCCAUGCUCUUCGAGAUCAACAACAUCACCGGUGAGGUGGUCGUGGCUCGCGACCAGACCAUCGAUCGGGAGAGGACUCCACACAUUCGUCUCCAGGUGAAGGCCGAGGACUCGCCGGGCAAGCCCACAGAUGCUAAGCAGAGUGUCGUGGACCUGCUGAUCGAUGUCCUAGACGUCAAUGACAAUGCCCCGGUGUUCACCCAAAAGAAGUACAGCACAGUCAUUCCGGAGAAUGCUCAGAUCGACUCGUUCGUUCUUCAACUGGAGGCUCUGGAUGCCGACGAGGGCCUGGGCGGGGAAGUUCGAUACGAGUUGGUCAACGAGGGAGAAGCCAACGGCCUCUUCAAGAUCAAUCCCCAGACGGGUUUGCUCUCCACCCGCCGUAAUCUCACUGGCAAGGGUAGAGCGGAGCCGUACAUCUUGAUCGUCCGUGCCCAGGACAAUGGCAGCCAGCUGCCCAAGCAGCCAACUCUCUCCUCCGAUGUGGAUGUGCGGAUAUUCAUCGGCGAUGUGAGUGCCAACGAUGGGGUGCCAUUUUUUGUGGCACCUCGGGUGGGACAAAUGGCUAAUGUUACUGAGAAUGCUGUUAUUGGAGCGCCAGUAUUCCAAGUGAUUGCCAAUGAUCCGGACGAUGAGAGUACGCCCUCAGGGACCAUAACCUAUCGCAUUCUCCCAGACACGGCGGAUGCCGAGACCUUCGCCAUUGAUACCCAGACAGGGCUGAUAACGACAAGGCAAUCGCUGGAUCGGGAGACCAAGAAUAUGUACAAAAUCAUCCUAGAGGUCAGCGACAACGGACAGCCCAAGCAGUCGGUGACACGAAUCUUGCAGAUUGCUGUGCUGGACGUGGAUGAUCACGAGCCGCGAUUUGCAAGGGAAACUGACGAAGGACCCUUGGUCAUGUCAGUCAGUGAGGAAGAACCGGCUGGCACCAUUGUUGGUAGCUUCACUGCCGUGGACGAGGACAUGGGCGAGAAUGCCGCCAUCGAUUAUGUCAUUGUUGAGGGCAACAACGAACAGAUCUUUACCAUCGAGCGAACCAACGAUAGCCUGGCCAUUCUCAAGACCAACCAACCUAUUGAUCGAGAGCUUGUCGAGUCCUUCACGCUGACCGUCAAAUGCUUGAAGUUGGGGGAACCCGGUUACAGGUUCAUCGGGGAUCCCUAUGAUCGCCAGGAUCCCUCGCAAUUGCGCGUAACCAUUAAGGUUCUCGAUAUCGACGACAAUCUGCCGCAGUUCGAGCAACAAGAUCCCACCGUGGGCAUUCGCAUCAACGUUCCCAUCGACACGGUUGUCACCACAUUGCGAGCCAGCGACGCUGAUGCCGAGGCGCCGCCCAUUUCUCUAUCCAUCGAGAACGUCACCUUUGUUCCACAGUUCUAUAAGCGGAGUCGGAAGCUGUCCGUUGGCAAUCUGCAGAACCUGUUCACCCUGAACAAUCGCACCGGGGAGCUGCGUACUGGCGGCUCCUUUUUGGACUACGUGGAUGGAUACUUCCUCAUGCGGGUGGCUGCCAACAACUCCGCCAAGCCCAAGCGCCAGGCACACAGCCACCUGAAGGUGUUCGUCAUUCGCGACAAGUCCCUGCUGAAGUUCGUCUUUGCUCGCCCGCCCAACGAGAUCCAGCACAACAUUCGCCCAUUCCAGGAGCAGUUGCAGAAGAAGCUGAGGCCACUGGGUCUGGAACUGCAUGUCCUCGACACCCAAGUCUUCACGCGUCCCGAUAUGAGUCUGGACUUCACAGCGACCAGCUCCUGCUUCCAGAUGUUCAAAAACGGGGCUGCCCUGUCCCUCAGCGAGAUGCAGAAGCUGAUGAAUUCGCAGCAGCUGCGACAAGAGCUUAUCGAUAUCUACGCCGCCUUCGGGGUCAGUGAAGUGGAGUCGUGCUCGGUGAGAAGGAUCCAUGCAGCGGCUCUCUUCGCCGGAAUGUUAACCUCGGCGGGGGCCUGGCUGGUCUUUUUGGCCGCCCUUAUAGGCCUGGCUGCUCUGAUUUCCCUGUGCACCGCCUGCUGUCUGAAGAAGAAAUUUAAACGGCACAGCAAGCGGAGUCUGCAAGCGAGUUUGCGUUCGCCCACGGAGCACACACCCACAUCAUAUAGCUACUCGAUGCCCGCCGUUCUCUACUCGGAGCCAAUCUACGGGCCCUUGUAGCCGCAGCUUAUCUUCUGCACGGUCAGAUCCAGGUCCCUAGUAAACUAGUGCACAAGACUUAAGCCCCGUUUCGCACCAGCAACAUCGCAGAUCCAAUGGGAAGGGAUCUACCUUUGGCAGCUGCGAAUCGGGAGUUUUAUUGGCAGAGGGAAUGCCAAAAAAGUCCAUAUAUAAGCUUAAGCGUACUAUGCGCGUGAUCUAGUAUGUAUCGUACAUAUCGUAUAUAAACUAAGAGAGGUUAAACUGUAUAAAGUCUAGCGAUUAUCCAUCUGAAAAUCUUAGCCUAAGUAGAGUCAGUUCUUUGUGUCAUUUGCGCGGAAAUACGGAUUUGGAUCGAGGUUGGGUCGAUUUUCUGCUCUGAUUUGCCCGGACGGAUUUCGCUUGCCUCGAAUCUGCGGAUUUUUUUUUAUUUAUUUUUUUAUUUUGGUAGAAAUAGAAUGCAUUAAUGCAUUAUAUAAACCUAUUUAUCUUAUCGUAUAUUUGCCCAUAACAUGUCGAACAAGUGCAAAAUAAAUAUCACUCGAAAUGCAGACCAAUUCCAGUUCCAUAUUCAAAUCCUCGAACUCCACCCAUCCCAUGAUGAUGAUGGGGCCCUGUCGUCAUCAGAGUCGGAGUUAGUCAUGUGCGUGCCGGCCGAAUUGAACUGAAUUUCCCAUUUUCAAACAGAAUGCAUAUGUUUCUGCUAUUAAGUAAAUAUAUUUAUACUCGUACUAUAUACUCGUACGAAACUAAGUAGUUUGUCGAAUGUGAACAUGUGUGCAAAUA